AUAUCUAACCAUAGUAGUUUUUAUGCCUUGUUUGGUUUUAUUUCAGUGACCAUUAGCCGUACUGUAGAACUUUACUGUGAAAGCAACCAUAUGGGCUGCGUGCUGUCGUCACAUCCGCUCCUGCUCUGACCACAGCUUGCAUCAUUUCUCGUCUCUCUCGGCAGCCGGCAGCAUACGGACAACAUGGUGGAACCAGUCCCAGAGUCCAUCAAUUUUCCCAAUGAGGAGGAGAAAGUACUGAAGUUUUGGCAAGACAAGGACUGUUUCCAGGAGUGCCUUAAGCAGUCCAAGAACAGGCCCAGGUACACCUUCUACGACGGACCUCCGUUUGCCACUGGUCUCCCUCAUUAUGGUCAUAUCUUGGCCGGCACCAUCAAGGACAUCGUUACUCGCUUUGCCCACCAGAGUGGUUAUCAUGUUGAACGACGCUUUGGCUGGGAUUGUCACGGCCUGCCUGUGGAAUAUGAGAUUGAUAAAACCCUUGGGAUCAAAGGGCCUGAUGAUGUUGCCAAGAUGGGCAUUGCUGAAUACAACAAACAGUGCAGAAACAUUGUCAUGAGGUACUCCCACGAGUGGGAGACUUCAGUGAAGCGCAUGGGCAGAUGGAUUGACUUCAAAAAUGACUACAAGACGCUCUACCCGUGGUUCAUGGAGACUGUCUGGUGGGUUUUUAAACAGUUGUACGACAAGGGCCUGGUGUACAGAGGUGUCAAAGUCAUGCCUUUCUCCACUGCCUGCAACACCCCACUCUCCAACUUUGAGUCCCACCAGAACUACAAGGAUGUCCAGGAUCCCUCUGUGAUCGUCAACUUUCCCCUGCUGGAGAGUGAAGACAUUUCUCUGAUUGCAUGGACCACCACGCCGUGGACUCUGCCGAGCAACUUGGCAUUGUGUGUCAACCCAGAAUUUAUCUAUGUUAAAGUCAAAGACAACACCACCAACAAAGUCUACAUCCUGAUGGAGGCCAGGCUUGGAGCUCUGUUUAAAUCAGAGAGCGAGUACACACUGUUGGACAAGUUUCCUGGUAAGAUGCUGAAAGGGAAAAAAUACAAGCCUCUUUUCCCGUACUUUGCCAAGUGCGCGGAAAAAGGAGCAUUCCAGGUUGUGACUGAUAACUACGUCAAGGAAGAGGAGGGUACGGGAGUCGUCCACCAGGCGCCGUACUUUGGAGCUGACGAUUACAGGGUGUGCACGGAAUACAGCAUCAUCCAGAAAGACCAGGCUCCCAUUUGCCCUGUGGAUGCCUCCGGCUGCUUCACGUCAGAGGUCACAGACUUUGCAGGGGAGUAUGUCAAAGAUGCUGAUAAGAACAUCAUCAAGUGGCUGAAGGAGAAGGGCCGUCUUGUGAAUGCCAGCACUUACAAGCAUAGUUACCCCUUCUGCUGGAGGUCUGACACGCCUCUGAUUUACAAAGCUGUCCCCAGCUGGUUUGUCCGAGUAGAGCACAUGGUGGACAAACUACUGGACAACAAUGGAAAAUGUUACUGGGUUCCAGAGUUUGUGCGCGAGAAGCGUUUUGGGAACUGGCUAAGAGAUGCACGUGACUGGGCAAUUUCAAGAAAUCGUUACUGGGGAACGCCUAUCCCGAUGUGGGUCAGCGAUGACUUUGAGGAGGUGGUAUGUGUGGGGUCCACGGCUGAACUGGAGGAACUGACUGGCACCAAAGUAACCGAUUUGCAUCGGGAGAACAUCGACAGUCUGACCAUCCCAUCACGGUGUGGUAAGGGAACACUGAGGAGAGUCACUGAGGUGUUUGAUUGCUGGUUCGAGAGUGGAAGCAUGCCCUACGCCCAGGUCCACUACCCCUUUGAGAACAGGAAGGAAUUUGAAGACACGUUCCCUGCAGAUUUCAUCGCUGAAGGCAUUGACCAGACAAGAGGAUGGUUCUACACUCUCUUGGUGCUCUCCACAGCUCUGUUUGGAAAACCUCCCUUCAAGAAUGUCAUUGUGAACGGCUUGGUUCUGGCCAGUGAUGGACAGAAGAUGAGCAAGCGCAAGAAGAACUACCCAGAUCCGGGUCUCAUCGUGCAGAACUAUGGCGCCGAUGCCCUCAGGCUCUACCUCAUCAACUCUCCAGUGGUGAGAGCAGAAAAUCUGCGUUUCAAGGAGGAGGGUGUGCGGGACAUGUUGAAAGACGUCUUCCUGCCGUGGUAUAACGCCUACCGCUUUUUGGUGCAGAACGUACAGCGGCUACAGAAGGAGGAAGGGACUGUGUUUCUGUACAACGAGAACACAGCGAAGCCCAGUGACAACAUCAUGGACAAAUGGAUUCAGUCCUUCACUCAGUCCCUCAUUCAGUUCUUCAGAGCUGAGAUGGAUGCUUAUCGCCUGUACACUGUCGUGCCUCGCCUGGUCAAGUUUGUGGACAUGCUCACCAACUGGUACGUGAGAACCAACAGGCGUCGCCUGAAGGGAGAGACCGGCACCCAGGACUGUUUGUGGGCACUGGAAACUCUCUUCAGUGUUCUGUUCUCCAUGUGUAGGCUGAUGGCUCCCUUCACACCCUUCGUAACUGAGAUGAUGUACCAAAACCUGCGUCACCUCAUCGACCCAGUAUCGUUCGAUGAGAAGGACACGAGCAGCAUUCACUAUCUCAUGCUGCCUCAAGUCAGGGAAAGUUUGAUUGACAAGCAAAUAGAGAAUGCCGUGUCUCAGAUGCAGUCCAUAAUCGAGUUGGGCAGAGUGAUCCGAGACAGGAAGACCCUGCCUGUCAAGUAUCCAUUAAAGGAGGUGAUAGUUAUCCACCAGGAUCCAGAGGCUCUGAAAAACAUCCAGUCCUUGCAGAAAUACAUCUUGGAAGAGCUGAAUGUACGACAGUUAACUCUGUCAACUGACAAGGACAAGUACGGCAUCCGUCUGAGGGCUGAGCCUGACCACAUGGUGUUGGGAAAGAGACUGAAAGGAGCCUUUAAAGCCGUAACCGCUUCGAUCAAGGAGCUGACCAACGAGCAUCUGGAGACCUUCCAGAAGACGGGAUCCAUAAUUGUGGACGGCCACGAGCUUCACGAGGAGGACCUAAGACUGAUGUACACCUUCGACCAGGACUCAAACUGUGCUGCACAGUACGAAGCCCACUCUGACGAACAGGUCUUGGUGCUGCUGGAUGUCACCCCGGACCAGUCCAUGGUGGAUGAAGGCGUUGCCCGUGAAGUCAUCAACCGCAUUCAGAAACUGCGCAAGAAGGCUCACUUGGUACCGUCAGAUGAGAUUACUGUGUACUACCGCUGCCAGCCAGAGGGGGAGUACUUGCACUCUGUGAUCCAGGCUCAUACUGACUUUAUUCUGGCCACGACCAAGGCUCCCCUGCUGCCCUCCCCUGUUCCCAGCAAGGCUGUUGUCAUCAUAGAGGAAAAGACUCAGCUGAAAGGCUCAGACUUGGAGUUUACCAUCGUUAAAGGAUCUUCAGCCUCGCCUGUGUGUCUGGACGGACCAGCCUGCAGCUAUUUGAACCUCAGGGUGAAAAUCAACAACAAGGAACAAGAGGGUGUGGUUCUGCUGGAGAACCCCAAAGGAGACAACAGACUCACUGUGGACAAGCUGAAGGUCGUGUGCAGCAGCAUCUUCGGCUCAAACAACACCCAACUCAGACUGUUCAACGGAGAGACAGAAUUGACCCCUGAAAUAGACCUGCAGGCACUGAGUGGGAAAACUUUGUCCGUGACUUCAGAUUCUUCAUCCCCCGGUUCCAGCUCCUCAUCAGAUGGCGUUCUCUGUCCAUAUGUGAACCUGCUGCUCUGCAACGCACAGCCAGCUGAAUGCCUGACGGGAGAGGUCGGUACUCUUCUGCUGUUUAACCCAGUGGGCCAGAAUGGACUGGAUUACUCUGGUCUUCUCUCCGAGACAGCCAAGGUCUUUGGCCUUCGCAACAGAAGAACAAAACUCUACUUGGACCAGGACUUGACACAGGAGCUGCCGUCCGAUUUCUGUGUAAAAUCUUUAGACACCAAGACUUUGUUUGUCAAAGUUCUUCCUACAACCGCUGAAGCUUAAAACCAGGAAAGUCGACCCAGGAUCUAACCAUUAUCAUGUGUCUCAUAUCUCAUAUUUUUUAACUUACUGUUCUCCCAGUGCUCACUGAUGUACAGCCAGUGUGAUGUUUGUCACUGUUUAAGGACUGUCUUUUUGGAAGACACUGACACUGAAAACUAAUUGCUUUUCUCACAAAAUUUGUCAUCAUUUUUCAGUGAGGCUGUUGUCAGAAAGUCAGAAUUGGAAAGUGUCAAAGAGGAAUCAAACAAUACACACAGAGUAAAUGACACCAGAGACACUUAGCCUCCUAAAGGUUUUC